CGUUGCAAUCAACGUGAAGUCGGUAAAUCCUACGUUACACCCUUGUUUGGCAUGCGGUGCUGUGUCGCCGCUCCCCUUGAUCUACCUCCUUAACAUCGACACCAAUGUUAGCGCAUUUCUGUGCAUACUGUUGACCUACCCGAAUCAUACGAUUUUUUUUUUUUUUCCUUUUUAACUUCAACCCCCGUGGCACUUUAUGGGCUCCGUAAAUUUGUGCUACACAGCAUUAGUGUUGUCACUUUUGUCUGACCUUGAUUUGGUGACCAAAUCCCGGCGUGACAGACACCGUGGCUAAAAUAUUUGCAGCUGAGGAGGAGUUUGCAGACCUGGGCCGGCGCUACUGUACCGAGCUAAUCCAGUUCACUUUUAAAUGUUAGCAAAUGCUAUGGUUAAAAGUACUGACAGGGACGUUGAACUUGAGAUGCAAACCACAACCGGACUCGACAGAACAGCACGAUUACUGAGCAUUGGAUAAAGACAGAGUAAAGCAAAUAAAAAAAUAAAAAAAAACUGUUGUGCUUUGCACCUCAGGGCCACCGUAGCCUCGACACAAAGGCAGGCUCCACCUGUCGGCAUGUAGCCUUCAAGACGUCGUCAUUUUUGUAACUUUUUUUUUCCCUUGCAUAUGAACGGUGAUUUGCCACUUCACCGACAGUCAUAUUAGCUAAUGGCUUCCGAAUCGGGGAGACUACUGGCGGGACAAGGAAAACGAAAAGCUUCACAGAUGAAGAGCCCGGAGAAGAAGAAGGCUCGGAAGUCCUCCACUCAGGCGGCGGGGUUCUCCCACCUCACUGAGUUUGCGCCUCCACCCACGCCCAUGGUGGACCAUCUGGUCGCUUCCAACCCGUUUGACGAUGACUUUGGACCUCCGUCCAGACCUAGUGGGGCAGGUGGACCAGGUGGGGCUCCGUUUCUCCCCAGUCCGGGUGCCGGGGGAGGAGGUGGGUAUGGAGGUGGAGGCAGAAUGGGUCCAGGCAUGAACUUCAUGGGAGGCCCGAGUGGACCGGGAGGUGCUCAGCCCGGACGCAGACCGCCCUUUGGCCCUCCGACCAACGCUGGACCACACCACCAGUUAGGCUUUGGGGGAAUGCCGGGCUUUGGAGGUGGAGGAGGGACUGGCGGAGGUGGGGGAGGUGGAGGAGGAGGUGGAUUUCCACCUGGUGGCCCCUCUCAGUUCAAUAUGCAACCAAACUUUAGUCCACCCAUGCAUCCUGGGCCAGGAUUUAACCCCAUGUUGUCUCCAGGGGGGAUGGGGGGUCCCGGAGGAGGCGGGCCACCCCAUCCUCGUUUUGGCAUGCCCCCACAGCAGCAACACGGACAGGCCGGGCACCCGUUCAACAGCCCACCGUUGCCUGGAGGCGGAGGUCCGCGCGGGCCCUUGCCUCCCAUGGGAGGCGGCAUGGGUCCUGGAAUGAACAUGAUGGGCGGCAUGGGUGGCGGUCCUGGGGGCAACAUGGUGGGAGGAGGGUUGCCAGGUAUGCCCCCUCAAGGACAGUUCCCUCCCUCACAGGACGGCCCAUAUCCUGGCCCCAGUCCGCCAGGGCCAGGCAGCGAGGAUGGGAAGAACUUCGGCGGAGGAGGGGGUCCGCCUGGGCCUCCGCAGCAGCAGCAACAGCAGCAACAGCAGCAGCUUAACAUGAAUCCCAACGGCCCCCCGAAUGCCAACACUACACCCGGCCCCCCUUCUAACUCUGGGCCCUCACAACCAGGGGGAGGCUUUCCUGGCCACUCUGACGUCCCACAGCCCAGUGCCAACACACCGGGUCAACCUUCGUCAGCCCCGCCACAGCCCAACCCCAACUCCUCUCCCACCGGUCCCCUGAACGGAUCGGGUCAACCCCAGCACCCGCAGUCCGGUCCGCUGCAGCCCCCCAACAAUACCAACGCCCCAAACUCCAACAACUCCAAUCUGCAGCAGCAACAAUCAACCCCGCCAAACUCCGCGGGGUCCUCCUACAACCAGCAGAACAGCACUCCUGGUUCCGGCGGCCCCCUCUCCAACGCUGCCUCCAACUCAAACCAGAACAACAUAACCAACAACGGAGGCAACACUCCUGGCAGCAACCCCAACAACCCCCCGUCAAACUCCACCUCGACUCCCAACACCCAGUCCCCCCUGCCCCCCGGACCCGCCGCCCCCACGACGGGGCCUAGUUCGGGUCCGGGGAAACUCGGCGGGCCCGGCAUGGUCUUCCCCUGCGGCCUGUGCAUGGCCGAAGUGCACGACGACCAGGACGCCAUCCUGUGCGAGGCGUCCUGCCAGCGCUGGUUCCACCGUGACUGCACAGGCCUUACGGAACCAGCGUACGGGCUGUUGACCACAGAGAGCGCUGCCGUUUGGGCUUGUGACUUCUGCAUCAAGAGCAAGGACAUACAGGCCGUGUUUGUUCGCCAGGGUCUGGGCCAGCUGGUGGCGGCGAACGAAAGCUGAGCAGCACGGGUCGGACGAGCAGACUCCGACCUAACCGAACGAGCCGUGUGCCACGUCAGCUUCGUCUUGGCCCGCCCGUUACCCGCUCACUACACAACAGCGACACACUCAUCGACCUUCAUCCUGGUACCUAGCACUUUGAGUGACUCUAGGCAAAUCAGUUUUUCUUAACCCCCCCCCCCCC